ACUCGCUUACUGUUAAUCCUGGCGGACAAUGCCAAGAAAAGCCCAAGGGGGAAGCUGUAUGAGGUCCUUGUCCUUAUCAGCUCAGAAGGGUCUCAGAGAGCAGAGUUGUUGUGGCACCUCCCUCCACCAAUCACUAGUGCUCACCCAUCGGCCUUAUUAUCAUGUGUGCUCACUGAUAUAACAGUGACAUCAAUCUGCCGUCAACCAGACCAUACCUGUGCCAAGUUAAACAAUCAAAGCCAUGCAUGAGGUGACCUGUGAAUUCACACACCCACGCAAAAACACAUGCCCACACAUUUCUCUCUAGGGAGUGCAUUUGGCAGGAAACCUGUCAUGAUCUGUGCAUGUCAUUUUUCUCACCAACUUGGGAGUUUUAACAGACCUUGCCCUUUUUUGACAGACAUUUUGGCUCAUUCCAGACCGAGCACAGACCGACUGCUGGCUUUGCGUGAAACAGCAGCUUUGAAUUUAGAAGCUGAAGUCCUAUUAAGGAUCUGGUCACAAGGGAUAUGAAGCUGGCUGCAGGGUUAGCCGUGCUGUGGCUGUGGGUUGUGGAGGCCAUGGAAAACUGCCCUGAUGCUUGUAAAUGCAGCCAGAAAACCAGUGCGGAAAAGACUGAAGUCAGUUGUCAGAAGAAGGGACUUGAGAGCAUCCCACCCAAACUCCCUCUGGACACAUGGAUCCUUAAAAUGAGUGAAAAUUUAUUGCAGGAUCUUCCAGCCAACAUGCUGAGCUCUGUCCCUAAAAUCGAGAGCGUAAACUUAGAGCGAAACUCAAUCAAAUCAAUACACCCUCAAGCAUUUUCUGGGGCCCAGCGACUGAUGCUUCUGAAUCUGCAAGGAAACCGGAUGUCCAAACUCCCAGUGAAGGGCUUCAAAGAUCUCCUAAACCUACGCUUUCUCAUGCUGGGCCAGAAUCAGAUAGCUAGCCUGAAACCUAACAUGUUCAUUGGCAUGAGGAACCUCUCAGAGCUGGAUCUGCCCCUGAACGCCCUCACUGCUCUCCCACCAAAUACAUUCAAGCCUCUGAUUGCCCUCAAAGUCCUGGAUCUAGCCUUGAACCACAUCCAAAGCAUCUCACCCAAAGCCUUUGUCGGACUUGACGAGCUGCUUUUUCUCAAUUUGGACAACAACAAGCUGAAGAAUAUCCAAGCUGGGACCUUUGCGUCCUUGAUUGGUCUUGAGAUGCUGGUGCUAGACAACAAUUUUCUCUCCACACUCUCCGCGGCCAUGCUAGAAGGUCUUUCCAACCUGCAGGAACUCUAUGUGAGAAAGAAUAAAAUCGAGAGUCUGCCAGCUGAUGUGUUCCGCCACACACCUAAACUUACUCAUGUGGGCUUAAGUGGGAAUCAGCUUCAUGCCAUUGAUGGAAACAUGCUAGCCAACAUGCAAGGUUUAAAGGAGGUGUUUCUGCACGACAACCCAUGGAAAUGUGACUGCAGCAUCAAUUCACUGGUGCAUUAUGUAGCCCAGACGAGGGCUAAUCACUCUCCUCUGCAAAGACUUCGGUGCACCAGCCCAGAAGAGUUUCGUGACAGACCCAUCCACCAGCUGAAAUCUGAUGAACUUCCCUGCAGGGCCUAGAAAAUCCUCACAUCUGAUGUCACAUCACGAACGACCUCCAAAAGUUGGGAGCACAGUGUAAUAACAGCGUGAUAUUUUCUGCAUUUGAAUGGCGAUGCUUCACAGAACUCCAACCACAAUUGCUUUGACAGGUUAAUGAUAGAGCUGCUGUUCUGCAGAUAGUCAUAAUUUUUACCCACACCAGUCGACUAUUUUCAGGCCACCUGGAGAGCAGUGCAUCCUACAAAACUAAGGAAGAAGUUUGCAUUUGUUUUUUCUUAUACAAAUGAAAUGCCUAUUUUGUUAUGUAUAAAUAAUAAUAAUAUGUUUUCACAUUUAACUUAAUGUUACAAAAGCUCAUGUUAUAUAUUCUAUGUAUUAUUUAUCCAAAGUGUUUUUUAUUGUCCUUCAGCAUCUACGUAGAAGAUGCUGUCAAAAUAUAAGUAGUAUGUUAGUAGGUGAGUAAAUAAAAAAUACUGUAUCAUACAGCAGUUUAAAUGUAAUUAAACCUAUUCUCAAAAUUAUUUAUCUAUUUGAUGUAUACAGUAUACACACAAUAAACACAUUUCGCAACCUCAAUUGAUUAUUUUGUUAGAUGCAGUGAAGCCUAAACUAAAUAAAUAGAGGUUUGCUCAGAGACAGACUGUAAACUUCCAGCACCACCUGAGACUGAAUUCCUCAUCAGAUUGUUACAGCUGAAUAAGCUUCCUUUGAAAUCAU